UCAAAGAUGAUGAUGAAGACACUUCUCCUCACAGUCUUUCUGGUAUUUUCUGUGUUUCUAAUUGAACCAGCUAGCAGCUCAGCAUCAACGGAACAAGAGUGCAGCAAGGAGUUCGCAAAGUUGAGUCCUUGCCUGAGCUAUGCCACUGGGAAAUCGGCGUAUCCUUCGGCCGAGUGUUGCAGCGAAGUGAGCGAAAUCAAGAGCAAGAACCCAGUUUGUCUCUGUUACAUCAUUCAACAAACACAUGAGGGUCAGGCCAAACAGAUGGGGCUUCAAGAGGUCAAAUUGAUUCAACUCCCCUCUGUUUGCAAGUUGACUAAUGCUAGUAUCAGUGACUGCCCAAAGCUCUUAAAGUUGUCACCCAACUCUCCUGAUGCUGCAAUCUUUACAAACUCUUCAUCAGCAGGUUUGAGCUUCACCUUCCGAUUCAACGGCAGCUGUGUCUCCACCCUCAAGCGACGACUCAAAAUCCAAUGGAUUUAAGCACGGACUCCAAGUUGCAGGUCCCACUGCCAUCACCAUUGCUGUGGCUGUCUUCAUUUCAAUGUUCCCAACUGGGUUCGAUCUUCUUGUCCCUGGUGUGAGGAGUAGCAUUAAGGCUUGAAGUUGCAGUAAUGAAUCAUCAAUUUUAUGUUAAUUAAACUUUUCUCUUCAGAAUGCCAGAAAAUUUAGUGGUAGCAGGUAAGGCAAGUGA